CAAUGCAACCAACAAUAAACUUACCUCAAAUUUUACCUCAAAUUGUUGAGGAUACUAAAGAAAACUCUUAUAUGCAAACUUCUGGUAAAAACCAUGUUAAUGCAACAUUACAUUCUAAUCGUGAUGUUAAUCCUAACCUAUGGGAUACUUUACAAUUCACAGAUUUGUCUCGUACGACUCAAUUGAAAUUAAGAGAGAU